AUGGCUCCUGCCUCCAGCGCCAAGAACAAGAAGCAUGUGUCUCAAGCUUCGAGCAUCUCUAAGACUGAACCCGAGAGCCCCACCGAAGUUAACGACACAGAGCCUGCUUACCUGAAGGACCUCCAGAAGAGUCUGCGCAACGUGCUGAAGAAGUUGAAUGCCACCGCGAAGACCGACGCUAUCAUCGCUGACCACCCUGGAAAGUCCUUGGAUGACCUUGUGGCCGAGAAGAUUAUCAAUGCCGACCAGAAAGCCCAAGCCCUGAAGAAGCCUUCCCUUCAGGCUGGUCUUGCACAGAUCGAAGAGCAAAUCAGCCACAUCAAGAAGGUUGCUGCUGAAUACGAGGGGAAGCUUGCCAUCCAGCAGAAGGCAUUGGAUGAACAGAAAGCGACUCUGGACAAGAUCCACCAAGAGGAGUUGGCUGCAGUGCGCGCAAAUGCCCUGGCCGAUGCCGCUGAGACCUCUUCUCGCGCACUGCGUGAAAAGCUACUUUACCUCGCUCAGUUCCUUUCAUCUGCGGCCACUAUGCGACGCGCUGAAGAGGACUCUCCUGAGGCGAAUGCUUUUGAGGCUGUCCUUUACCAGGUGUACGCUGGCAACCAGGAUGCGGUCACUUCAAUGGUUAAGCUCAUUGAAGGCUCCGAUGAGCAACUUCAGGGUGUCGAAGGUGGUCUCUUGGACUUGACCUACAAGAACGUGAAGGAGGCAUCCAUCCGCAACGCCAUCCCCGAGGAUACUCAACCCUCUACCACUGAAACCGCCACUACCUCAGACCCUACUCUUGCCAACGCUGGCUUGACUGAGCUUCAGGAUACCUCCGUCAGCGCUGAGGUUGCGGCCCAAGCCGAGACCAACAAUUUCAAGGCCGACCAGGUGGCACCCCCAACCCAGACCUCAACUGGUGCUGGAGCGAACGACGCUGCCGACUCGACUUCUCCUUCCUCAGUCAUCGCAGAAGGCUGGGUCAAGGUUCCUCGUGACCCCGCAGAGACAGAGAACGGACUCCAAGCUACCCCGGCCAACACCGAGAACGUCAACCCCGAAGACAAAGGUGCUGCCAAGGGCCAAGGCAACCGUGGUCGUCGCCGCGGCCCUCGUCGUGGUCGAGGCGGAAGUGAGAACCACGACGGUGGUGAGAAGCGUGGUGAAGGAGCGGAGAAGCGCAACGGAGGUGAGAAGCGUGCCGAAGGUGGUGAGAAGCGUGAAGGUGGCGAGAAGCGCGGUGGAGGAGAGCGCACUCGUGGUAGCCGACGUGGAAAGCGUGGUGGUCCUCAAGGAGCUCCCGCGGCUGAGGGACAAUGA